AUGACAUCCGUUCCCAACAAUAUUUACCCGGAUUACUGCCACAGCCUGUCGCCGACAAUCGGAAAAUGGUGUCCGUUGCUGGCGACGGAUGUGCAGAGGUUGAGGACUGUGGGCAUGUUCUGUGAUGAACGAGCACUCUACCAUUUCGACAACCACCCAGUGAAAUGGGUGCGCAUCACAGGCGUCGUGGUCGCGGUUGAUGAGUUUAAGGGCAAGAAAGUCUUUACAGUCGAUGAUAGCAGUGGGAUGUGUAUCGAGUGUACGGCUGUUGCGCCUCCACCACCACCAGCGACUGAUGCGCCAACUCUGCCGUCGCAUUUGAAUCAGAUUGCGUCGCUUAUGGCUGUGCAGACAACACACGAUUCCAAACAUGCGGACAAUAAAAACAGAGUUAGAGGAGUGGAUAAUGAAAAGGAAAAGGAAAAAACAGCGGCUUCGAAGGGGAAAGAAAGUGGAAAGGUUGUCCCCUCUGUCCAAAGUCCUGCUGUCCCUUGGGAUCAAGUCGAUGUUGGCACUGUGGUGAAGAUCAAGGGAAAAGUUGGCAGUUGGUGGGAUGCGAUACAACUCGAGGUCAUCAAGAUCGAGGUGCUGCGGUGUACGGAUCAAGAAGUGCGGUGUUGGAACGAAGUGAUGACUUUCAAGAGGGAUGUGCUGAGCAAGUCGUGGGUUGUUAGCAAGGAGGAAGAGGAGAGGUGUAGGAUGGCGAGAGAGAAGGAAUUGCGGCGCGCUCGGAAGGGGAAGGGUGGGAGGGCGGAUGCGGAAAAGGAGAAGAAGAGGAAGGAUGCUGAGAGAAGGGAGAUAGUGAGGAGAGAGGAAGAUGCGAAAAGGAGGAAGGCGAAGGAGGAGGAGUGGUUGAAGGCACAGGCGAAAGUGAAGAAGUACCCUUCAAUGGCUGUCCUGAAGGCGGCGAAGGGUAAAUAUGAUGCUUUGGGGAUUUGA